AUGCCACUCACGGUGGACCACAUUCCUGGGCUCCAGCAGCUGGACAAGGUGGAUCGGGACCGACUGGGGAUCCCGUCCGAGACAAGACUGCCUCUGUUAGCCGGCUACGCCACGCUAUUGGGCGCGGUUCCCGGUCUGGUGGCCGGGUACAGACAUGCGGGCAUGAACUUUAUAGCAAUGAACUCGCACAGAUUGCCGCGGGAUCAGGAGGAAAAAACGGCGUUCGGCAGGUACAGGACGUCCCAUGCGGUGAAAAGUGCCGUUUGGGAAGGUGUCAGGUCGGCGGUGCGGUUUGGGUUGGUGUCGUCGGCGUUUUUUGGGCUCGAAGAUUUAUUUGACCGGCUGCGGAGAAAGAAAGACUUCCUGAACAGUACGGUUUCGGGCGCUGUGACAGGACUGUUUAGCGCCAGACUCACAAGAACACCAUUGGCUCGUCAAUGGACUCUUAUGGGCGCCAAAUGUGGCCUCAUCAUCGGAUUGGCCCAGGAUAUCUUUACAGCUACAAAAAAACUCAUCAUGAUCUCCGACCAGACUGCAUUAACAUGA